GAUCCCCCUCAUACUGCUCGAAGCUCCGCGCGCUUCGAGUCUUCGACUAUGGCGGUGCCUGAGCCCGCGACCGAGAUCUUGAACAACGGGGGCCACGUCUCUGCCGCUGCCGAGCAAAAGAAGGCCCGGGAAAGCGAACGACGCCGCCGGAGAAGAAAGCAGAAGAAGAACAGCUCGAAGAAGUCCUCCGCCGCCACCGAUGGUUCUGACGACGAUGCCAAUGAAAACUCUGACCAGAAACCGGAGGUUGAGGUUGCGGUGGAGAUUGAGUACGUACCGGAGAAAGCUGAAAUUGAUGAUGACUUUUUAGAGGAGUUCAAGCAUGUUUUGGAGAAGUUCAUUAGUAAGGAUGCUUCUGCUGGCGCCGAGGAUGAUGCUAAGAAGGAUGAGGCAGCAGAGAACACAGGUCAGAAGAAGAAAAAUGAUUCAGAUUCGGAUUCGGAGGAGGAGCAGGACACUCAACAGAAGGACAAGGGAAUCUCUAACAAGAAGAAAAAGCUUCUGAGGAGGAUGAAAAUUGCAGAUUUGAAGCAGAUAUGUUCAAGGCCUGAUGUUGUUGAGGUCUGGGAUGCAACUGCAGCAGAUCCAAGGUUGCUUGUGUUCUUGAAAUCAUAUCGUAAUACUGUACCUGUUCCGAGACACUGGUCUCAGAAGAGGAAGUUUUUGCAGGGAAAACGUGGUAUUGAGAAGCAACCUUUUCAGCUUCCUGAUUUCAUUGCUGCAACUGGAAUUGAGAAAAUUAGACAGGCAUACAUCGAGAAGGAGGAUAGUAAGAAACUGAAACAAAAGCAGCGUGAGCGUAUGCAACCAAAGAUGGGAAAGAUGGACAUUGACUACCAGGUUCUCCACGAUGCAUUUUUCAAGUAUCAGACUAAACCUAAGCUGACUACACAUGGUGAUCUGUACUAUGAAGGGAAAGAAUUUGAGGUCAAGCUAAGGGAGAUGAAACCUGGUAUGUUGUCGAAGGAACUCAAAGAAGCUCUUGGCAUGCCUGAUGGCUCACCUCCCCCUUGGCUUAUUAAUAUGCAGAGAUAUGGCCCUCCACCAUCAUAUCCACAGCUCAAAAUCCCUGGUUUGAAUGCUCCUAUCCCUCCUGGAGCCAGUUUUGGUUUUCAUCCUGGAGGUUGGGGUAAACCUCCUGUAGAUGAAUUUGGACGCCCUUUAUAUGGUGAUGUUUUUGGGGUUCAACAACUUGAUCAACCAAAUUAUGAGGAAGAACCUGUUGAUAAAAGCAAACACUGGGGUGACUUGGAGGAAGAAGAGGAGGAAGAAGAGGAAGAAGAGGAGGAAGAGCAGAUGGAAGAGGAGGAAAUGGAGGCUGGCAUUCAAUCUGUUGACAGCCUAUCUAGCACUCCUACUGGUGUUGAAACACCUGAUGUCAUUGACCUUCGAAAGCAACAGAGGAAGGAACCUGAGAAACCUCUAUACCAGGUUCUUGAAGAAAAAGAAGAAAGGAUUGCUCCUGGUACAUUGCUCGGAACAACUCAUACUUAUGUCGUGGGGACACAGGACAAAACAGGUGCCAAAAGGGUUGAUCUCCUCCGUGGUCAAAAAGCAGAUAAAGUGGAUGUCACUAUACAACCUGAGGAAUUGGAUCUUAUGGAUGAAGUGUUGCCAGCCAAGUAUGAAGAAGCAAGAGAGGAGGAGAAACUGCGAAACCAGAAAGAAGAUUUCAGUGACAUGGUUGCAGAGCAUCUACAAGCCGAGAAGAAGAGAAAGAGGAAGCUGCAGGAGAAAGAUGGGAAAUCAAAGAAGAAAGACUUCAAAUUCUAAGUUAUUCAUCCUCCUUGUUUGUUGUUUAAAUGAUAUCGGAAAGUGAAAAUUUACAUCUCCUUUAGAAAGAUGUCUUCUCUGUUUGUAGUUUAAGUGAUCAAAAACAAAAUAUUGGCAGUUGUAAGGCUUUUGUGUUUUUUGCCUUUAUCUGGAAACAGGACUUUGCUAGGACUUUGAAAAUUACUGCUUUUGAUACUAUUUUCUAUCAGUGUUUAACUUAACACUGUUCUCCCGA